UGGCUGUAGCGAAUGCCAACAAGAGGCAGAGGAAAGGAGAAUUAUUAGUAACGGAACUCUCUUUCCGGGGAAUAAGGAUAGUCUGCUAAAAGGAGAAGCGGAGCAUGGUGCAGAUUGUGAUUUCCAGUGAUGGGGCUGAUGGCCUGGCAGAGUGGGUGCUGAUGGAGUUGCAGGGAGAGAUUGAGGCUCGCUACAGCACCGGACUGGCUGGAAACCUCUUGGGAGACCUGCAUUAUACCAGAGAGGGGGUCCCUGUGUUCAUCGUGGGCCAUCACAUUCUUUAUGGGAAGGUAGUGCACCUGGAGAAGCCCUUCGCCGUCCUCACCAAACGUGGUGCCAGUGAGCACGGCUGUGACCGCAGCCCCACAGGGGCAGCUGCCCACUACCUGGUGACUGCUCUGAUCAAGACCAAGCUCCUCUUCAAAACCCGCCCCAAGCCCAUCAUCACCAACGUGCCCAAGAAAGUAUGAAAGAGCUUCGGCCCCAUACC